UGAGGCUUUACCAUCUCGACCGCCUCGCCGCCGGUGGCUGCCUGCAGAUUAAAAAGCUCCGCGUCGCGAGUGAGUGCCUCCAGCUAGCUGCAGGUGUAGUUUCUAGCUUGGAAGCAAGAAGGCAGCAAUGGCGGUGCACAGCUCCGUGCUGCCGCUCUUCCUCCUCGCCGCCACGCUCGCUGUCGCAGUGGCUUACGAUCCGCUCGAUCCGAACGGCAACAUCACCAUCAAGUGGGACGUCAUGUCGUGGACGCCUGACGGCUACGUCGCGACGGUGACGAUCAACAACUACCAGAUGUACAGGCACAUCAUGGCGCCGGGGUGGACGGUGGGGUGGACGUGGGCGAGGCGGGAGGUGAUCUGGUCCAUGGUCGGGGCGCAGGCGACGGAGCAGGGCGACUGCUCGCGCUUCAAGGGGAACAUCCCGCACUGCUGCAAGAGGACCCCCGCCGUCGUCGACCUCCUCCCCGGCGUCCCCUACAACCAGCAGAUCGCCAACUGCUGCCGCGGCGGCGUCGUCCCCGCGUACGGCCAGGACCCCGCCGCCGCCGUCGCCGCCUUCCAGGUCAGCGUCGGCCAGGCCGGCACCACCAACCGCACCGUCAAGGUCCCCAAGAACUUCACCCUCCUCGGCCCCGGCCCAGGCUACACCUGCGGCCCCGCCAAGAUCGUCCCCUCCACCGUCUUCCUCACCCCCGACCGCCGCCGCAAGACCCAAGCCCUCAUGACGUGGAACGUGACGUGCACCUACUCGCAGCACCUGGCGUCCAAGUACCCGUCGUGCUGCGUCUCCUUCUCCUCCUUCUACAACGAGACCAUCGUCCCCUGCGCCAAGUGCGCCUGCGGCUGCGAGCACAAGCCCUGCGUCCGGAGCGAGAGGGACACGAAGAGGCUGGCGGUGACGGGGAAGAAGCACGACGACCACGCGAACGGCCGAGCGCACGCCGGCGGCGCGUCGUCGUCGGCGGCGGCGCUGCUGCAGUGCACGACGCACAUGUGCCCGGUGCGGGUGCACUGGCACGUGAAGCUCAACUACAAGGAGUACUGGCGCGCCAAGAUCACCAUCGCCAACUUCAACUACCGGAUGAACUACACCGGCUGGACGCUCGUCGCCCAGCACCCCAACCUCGACAACAUCACCGAGGUCUUCAGCUUCGACUACAAGCCCGUCGUCUCUUACGGCUCCAUCAAUGACACGGCGAUGUUCUACGGGCUCAAGUACUUCAACGACCAGCUGAUGGAGGCCGGGCCGCACGGGAACGUGCAGUCGGAGGUGCUGAUGAGGAAGGACGCGAGGACGUUCACCUUCAGCCAGGGGUGGGCGUUCCCGCGCAAGGUCUACUUCAACGGCGACGAGUGCCAGAUGCCGCCACCGGACUCCUACCCCUACCUGCCCAACGCCGCCUCGCCGUCGCCGGCCGCCUCCGCGGCGGCGCUAGUCUCGUCGCUGGUGCUGUUCGUCAUGGCUUGGGCAUGAUGACAAGGCUCGAGGGAUCGAUCGCCGUAGUGCUAGAACCUGCAGCAGAUAGGAUGUUUUGGUCUGAAUGGUUGGGUUUGGUGUUCUGAACAUACUGGAAAAAAAUGUUUUUUUUUCUUCAUAAAAAAAUCUUUUUUUUUUUGUGGAAAUGGGAAAAAGGUUUGUGUGAGUGGAGGGUAUAUGAGCAUAAUUUUGGGAAGCAAAUCUGUACAACUUAAUCAGGAUGGAAUGAAGCAGUAAUGACGCUUUGCAUAUCACAUUGACUGAAGUUAUAUCAGCAGCAACUUCUCUUGUUCGCUGAGUGCUGAUGUUGCAUCUGAAAUCAGUUGCUAGUUUUUUUUUUUUUAAUAAAUAUCCGAUCAUGGAACAAAUCAAAUGACUUCACUUGCAUGGACAUGCUU